AUGAAGCUGCUGGGAGGAAUUCUCUCCAAGUCCUCUUCAAACAACCACUCAACCAAUUCUUCUUCUUCUUCCUCAUCAAACACCAAUUCCACCACCACUCUUGCGGUUUCCUCAAAUAGCCUUACCCUUAGUAGCGGAACAACAACCUCAUCAGGCAAUUCCAGCUCCCUUAAUCAAUCGGUUUCAUCUCUCGGAACGAAUAGUUCCAUCUCAACGACAGCCAUACAACGAAGUAGAAAGGAGCAAUUUUUGUUGGCUUCAGGUGAAUUUUGCAAUCAUUCCUCGGCAUCAUCAUCGGCAGUGUUUUCCUCACCUUCCUCCGCUGAUCCGAGCAGUACUUCUUCAAGCAAAAAGAAGUCUGCAAAGAAAACCAAACAACAGAAACAAACUGGCUUGAGUACUCAAAUAUCAGCAGCUAACACCACCACACUUUCAUCAUUAUCGGCCUCUCAGAACUUUUCUUCACCCAUUCCAACUCAUUCAAGCUCAUUCACUCCCAAGAAGCAAGCCAACACGAUUCAAAAGGAUUUCUUUCAACAAUCAUCCUUAACGUCUCCUCUUGCCUCAUCCGUUGGCAGCACCAAUAAUAGCGCGAGUAGAGAUUUGGCACAAGCAAAUAGUGAGGAAUUUCUCAAUAGUUUAUCUUUUGCAUUUCCCCAAAUUGAGUACGAAGAAGUAAUGAAAAAGAUUCAACAACAACAACAACAGCAGCAACAAGUUUCGCAGCGUAACCAUGCCACCGCCCCGAAACCAGAGGGUGCAGAUGACAACAACAUUACUGCAGAGAAUAUUGACGCCACUUCGGAAGGCUACGAUUUUGAAUAUGUCAAUAAGGAAGAGGAAGCGAAACGCAACAAGAAAAAUGCAAAGUCUUCCAAGUCCUCAUCCUCUUCGUCUCAAAAACGUACUGCAGAGCCGUCCAAUUCUUCGACAAUCAAUUAUGAAAAGAACAAUAAUACGAGCACAAAAACACCCCUCAAACAGAAGGUUUCUUCCGAUACUCCAUCCAGCAAAUCAAAAAACAGCAAAAACUCAGGCGGUAACGCCGUGUCCACUUUGGAGCAAGGUUCUUUUGCUCUAUCUUCAGAACCAGUUUCAGUAAUUCCAUCGAAGAGUCGAAUUUCCUUACGACCUUCGACUUCAUCGAGACAGGUUGGCAAGAAAAACAAAUCUCUUUUACGUAGCUCUGUCUCCAAGUCUUUCAGCAAUUUUGUUUCGAAAUCAUCCACCGGCAACAGCUCCGAUCAAGUAAUUUCUGUAGUUAUGGAUUCCUCCCCUACCUUUAAUGAACAAGGUACUGACAGUGAAGAUGAUGAUGACGGUGACGAUAAGGAUCAUUGUCACACUUCAAAGUCGUCGUCACGACAAGACAUCAUGAUGAACAUUACUGCGAUGAAUUGCCAUCAUCACGAUGACAGUGAAGAGGACGCCGAGCAUGGUCAGGACUCUAUUUCAUCACCGACUACACCCAACAAGAAGAGAAAGGCCAACGCAGAUUUCACCGACUCUCCAGCUUCCUCAAAAAAAAAGAAAGAGGACUCUCUGAUGGACAGCGUGAUUAAGAAAGUGAUGGAAUUUUCCAUUCCUAAUACUCCACCACAUCUCGAGGAAGAAAGCCCUGCACAAAGCACGGCCCUUACCAUUUCCCCCUCUCUUUCCUACAACUCUGACUCGACAUGUGGAGAGCAAGUGUUGGAUGUUUGCUCAACUUCACCUCAUGAUGACACAUCCUAUGACACAAAUUUGUUGAGCUCUGUCUCGGACUCUUCCACCAAAGGUAUAGAUAUUAAGGAAGUGAACCAAAGAAUUAGCUCCCUCGUUACUGUCAUUGAAAAAAGAAAUGAACAAAUUGCACAGCGAGAUGCACUCAUUAUGCAACUCUCCAAAGAAAACAAAGAUCUCAAAAAAUUCAAGAACAUGAUCGAAAAGUUGGAAGAUGUUGGUGUCGUGUUUUACAUGAAGGCCUCAGAGUUGUGCUGUAAUGGAUUGAUGGCACGUGAUGAUAAAUCCAAAGACUCCAUGGAAGUGGUUGCUUCCUCUGUUCAGCAAGGGAUGCGAUACAUGAGAGCUUCGGCCGAGUUUGGCAAUGUUGAUGCCAUGUUUGAGUAUGCAGAAUUAAUGUUAAGGUAUUCAAAAAACAAAAAAAGUGAAGCCAAAGAAUAUCUAAAGAAAGCCAGUGAUCUUGGUCACAAGAAAGCUGCUGUAUUUUUGAAGAGUUUAGAAAACAAGGAGGAGCAGAUUAAGUAUGAAAAAAGUAUUGAGCAUGAUCAUUUGUUUCUCUAUGGUAAUGAGACCAAGAAUAACCAAUCGAAAAAGAGAAGAUGA